CACGUUUAUUACAAUUCGCUACAUGAUUGUUUAUACAAACUUUUUAAAAAUGAGUUUAUGAUAUAUUUUGCUUGAAAUGGAUAGUAUUAGGUUUUCUUUCCGUAUGCCGAGGAACCCUCACGUUCUAUAAUGAUGCAAGAUGACACUCUAACGCCACACAAUCAGGACUCUUCACCUUCUCCAAUCUUUUAUCUAAGCGAGGACGACGACAUUCAGGAGGAAUCAAAUCGAAGGCGGACUGAAACAGACUCAUCCAGAAACCCGCAGGCAUUCUUUCCACCUUUAGUGGAACAUAAGUCAAAGUCGAGCUAUUCAACCCAAGGAACAGGUGAUACCUCGAAGCGUUCAACAUCUGAAGACGAGCUGCGAUCCUUGUCAACGACUCCAAGAUACUCGCAUGAGGAUUUGGGCAGAAUAGUAUCUCCACCCCAUUCCAGUGACGACGAAGAUACGCCAACGCUUGACCUCACCGACAGAACCACAUUCAUCGAACCAGUCAAUUUUUCCGACACGCUAUCAGCUCGUCACGUUAUCCUGAAAUCACGAUCUUCCAAUAAGGCCGCUUAUGCUCAAGGGUCAACAUUCAACGAUUCUUUCAAAACACACACUGCGACGACGUUUACUGAUGCUCAAGGAACAAAUUCCUCUGACAAAGCAUCGACUAAGUCAUUAAAAUCGUCCAUCAAGCCAGUAAAUCAGCCUGCGAAACCACAACUGUCACUCAUACGACGGAAGAAGGAGGCGACCAACAAAUCAAGGCAAUCUUCCGGUGGAGAGUCAUUGAAGUCGUUGAACACACUUAGUUCCGGGCAUCAUAAAAUAAACGUCCACAGAUUUCGAGCUGCGGAGUUGAUGUCAAUGAGGAUGUCGGCUGUGGACGAGAAUCUACGAGACAUUAUGUAUGAUGCCGAGACUGUUACCAGAGAUCUUUCUAACGAACAGGACCACAGGACACUGUUGGAGAAUACGUUGAAGCAGAUCGAGGAAGACAGAAAAGACCUCAAUUUGAAAAUUGCCACCCUCCGAGUAAAGCUAGGUGUCGCAAAUUCCAACUUCAACGUCAGCAAAACUGAAUGCGAUCAGAUGAGAAAGAAAUAUCAAGAGACAGAAAUACAGAAGGCGAGGCUAGAAGAGCGAAUUAAGACGUGUACCAAAGAGCUCGAGAAAAUGAAAGAUCCGAAUAAUCCUGAGAGCAACGUCAAUCUGAAGAAAAUUGUCGUAAAUGACAGGAAGGAGAUUCGACGCUUGCGCACUGACCUAGAGGGUGUAAGGUCAGAGAGGUCAGAGGUCCAGAAACUUAUACAGGACCGGGAUGAAAAGAUAAACAUGCUGAAAAUCUACAUUGGAGAAGUCAAGGAUCAGCUGUCUGAAGUACAUACAGAGUCGGAGACAGCUGGGAUAAGCGUGGUAGGGGAGAGAAAAAAGAGACAGGAGGUGGAAGAAAAGUACAACGAGCUGCUCAAAGAAAAGACGAUAUUUGACGAGAAGAUGACUGCCAUUCAGAGCCAGCUGGAGGCGGCAGCGAUGGGAACGUCUGGGGUUCACCAGCAGUACGAGAUCUACCGCGAAAAGGAAGAUGAACUGCAAAACAAGAUGAGGAGUGCAGAGCGGAAAUUGCGGGACGUGUUGACGGAAAUAGAGCAACAGAAGAACCGCAACAUGCCCAAGUGUACGGCGUCGUCCAUCAAGUUUCAUCAGUACAGGAUGUCAAGAUCGGUUCUUGUGUCUGAGACAUCGCCCCAUGUAGCCGUUGUUACAAAUCCAAACAGCAGUGUUGCUGCUUCCGGCUAUCUUGGAAAAACCGUCGUUUCAACCAAACCAACAACUUCGCUUCCUGGUUCAAAAGGCGGGUCAAAGCAGACGACGCCGCGGGUAAAAGGAGGCUCACUUCCGGCAAAACGAUAAACCAAAUGAGAUAUGAUAUAGACAUGCAAGUGUAAAUAAAGCAUUCUGUUUGUUAUACCUUUUGUUCAAAAGGAAAUUUGUAUAAAGGUGUAUUCAUAGAAAGAGAACUCAUUAAAUUACUUAUAUAUCAUAUUUGAAUUUUACGUUUGUAUAGGUUGCCAAAGCGCUGGUUAAAUUCUAUGGUUAUUUUAGAAAAGGUUUGGUUUAGUCUUUAACAAAAAAAAAAAAAUAAUAUUUAUGCAAAAAACUAAAGAAACAAGCACAGCAGCAAAAAGUUUAAACAUAAACCUGGUUAAACGCUAAAGACAUAGACGCUUAUAAAAGCAUGUUAUACAAUAUGAAGCAUUAUCUAUACAAACGACUUGGCGAAUGCAAAUAUUAGAAAAUAAACCUACAUAGGGGUACAUUUUAAAAUCUAAGAGACACAACCGUACAACACCACAAACGGACCCGGACGCAUCAAAAAAGCUUUAUCAACACAAAAUGGGAUUAUUGAUUUCGAACGGUCACUGAGUCACGAGUCUACCGGAGAUUUUAACUGUAGCAAUAGACUCACACUGUUCCCAGCAUGUAUACAUUAUCACCAAAUUAAAAAUGUUAACCUCAUCUUUGACAACAGUUUUACAGAGAUUGAGAAGGGUAGUCUUUAGUUUACAUAUGUUUAAACCUUUUGCCACUGAGCUUGUUUCUGUAGUCUUUUUGCAUAAAUAUUGAUAUUAACAGCAGUUUUGUGAGUGCCAUGUGGAAGCUGUAAAAAGUCGCCCAGCACUUACAUUUAAUGUUGUCAUAAUUUCCAGUUUUACAGAGACUGAGAACGGUAGUCUUUAGUUUACAUAUGUUUAAAAAUUUUGCUAAUGAGCUUGUUUCUGUAGUUUUUCGCAUAAAUAUUGAAAGCAAUGCAGAAUAAUAAAACUAACUUGCUAACUAAAGAGUAUUCAACACCUACAACGAUACGUUCAUUACGACAUUUUAUACAAGUGAAUCGAGCCGGCCCAUGAGUGCCAACUCUUUAAAACUUCGAUGCAGUCAUCAAAGACAGGCAUCUGACAAAUCUCGUCUUUGCAAAUGCAUAGUUUAAAAAAAUGUCUUUAAACUGGUUUAAACACCCAGUAAAUUUUAAUUUUUUGACCGUUCCAAGUCUGUACUGUCAUUGAUAAACACAUCUAGUUUUUUUAUAAAGUAUACAUGCACUGUGUUGUUUGUGUAGUUUUGUGCUGUUGUUCCAUGUCUCUUGUUUGUGAGUUUUGUUUGUUUUCGUGUUCUACGUCUUUGGCGUUUACACUAUGCUAUUAAACGAGGUCAAUGUUUAAACUUUUGGCUACUUGGCUGGUUUCUGUAUUUUUCAUAUAAAUAUUUAAAGUGAAUGCAUCAUUGUACAAAGGUACAAGGUGAUAAUUUAUAAACCAGCAUUACAAGACGUCAGUUGGUUAUCAACUUAAAAAAACACAA